AUUUAUAUGUUUUUGAUGUCUUUAGAAUUGCAUUCCUUGCAGUUAGCCAUCAAUGAAGCUGCAAAAGAUUGGGGCUUGAAAUGUCUUCGUUAUGAGAUAAGGGAUAUAUCUCCACCACGAGGAGUGAGGGCAGCAAUGGAGAUGCAGGCAGAAGCAGAGCGGAAAAAGAGAGCUCAGGUUUUGGAGUCUGAAGGAGAAAGGCAGGCAAACAUUAAUAUUGCAGAUGGAAGGAAGAAUUCAGUUAUCCUUGCAUCUGAAGCUGCAAAAUUGGACCAGGUUAACAGAGCUCUAGGAGAAGCAGAAGCAAUCCUUGCUAGAGCACAAGCAACAGCAAAAGGACUUUCCAUGGUGUCACAAAGCCUAAAAGAAAAUGGUGGGGUGGAGGCAGCUAGUUUAAGAAUUGCUGAGCAAUAUCUUCAGGCCUUCAGUAUGAUCGCAAAGGAGGGAACAACAAUGCUGCUUCCAGCAAGUGCUUCUAAUCCUGCAAAUAUGAUGGCUCAAGCUCUCAGUAUAUACAAGAACCUAAUAGGCAACAAUUCUGGCAAUGGGCUUCCCAAGGUUUCAGAAGCCGACAAGAAUGAAGAUCCAUCGUGGACAACUGGCGAUGAGAGUUCCACGACUGCUGAACCUACUGGCGCUGAUCGUCUUGGAGAACCUGUUUUCUCGCUCCAAAGCCCUAAGAAGGAUAGCUAAGUAAUUCAAACGGUCCUUUUAGUAUCUUGAUUUUUGAGCUAGUCUAAUUCCUAGAAAGAACUGACAAUUGCAUUGAUUAUUUUUCAUGAGAUUUUGCAAAUCUAAAACAUAGCUUCACCAUUUUACAAGAACAAUUGCUUUUGAUGUCAACUAAGGAGUUGAGCAUGCUAAUUUCUGUCCUAGUAAUGUUCAUUCCA